UUCGCUUCAGUCAGGUCUCAGGGAGCACUGAAAAUGAACCGUGGGUUGUAUCCUUGUAAAAACUUUGGGACGAGUUUAAAAGAAAUUGAAACUAUGGAAAAGUUUGGUAUAGCGUCUGUCAAAGGGACAGCGUUGGUGUCUAUGGCUGCAGCUCUGACUACCGUGGAAAACAGGAUCUUCUGCAUUUGUCAAAGUUCGAGAAAUUACAAAUUAAAGGCAGGUGAUAAGACGAGCGCCCGAAAGUGGAUCAAGUGCGCGUGACGCUGUAGGGCACAGAGCACAAAGCGAAUUAGCAGACGGAGAGCAGGAGCGCUAGGAGAUGGAAUUGGCAUUUAGGGUUUCCUGCUCUGCAUCCAGAAGAGACGGGGAAAGGUACAAGAGCAAAUACUUCUGCACUUUUGGACUGUCUGGACACGCAGCUGAGAGAGAGAGACACACGGAGAGUGGCAGGCAGACAUGCACCCAGUGGUCCUACUCCUUACCUUUACUCUGCUCAUUCUCCCAGUGUCCUGUACCUAUCACUUCAUUCAGCCAGGGCGCAGAGUGUGUAGCAGAGAUGUACGUCAGCAGCUCACUCCAGUUUCUCACACAGAAUCCUUCGUGCAAGCUGUGCAUAAGCCCUACAUGACUCUCUGUGAUGGGAAAAGGCUCUGCAGUACCUACAAAACUGUGUACAGAGUCUCAUACCGUCAGGUCACCUCACCUGAGCCUCCUUCCUAUUCUGAGUGCUGUCCUGGGUGGCGGAGAGUCCAUUCACACAACUGUAACCAAGCUGUUUGCAUGAAGCCAUGCAUGAAUGGAGGAACGUGUGUGAGGCCUAACCAGUGUGCCUGCGCCGCAGGGUGGACUGGAAGAUACUGCCAGACAGACAUUGAUGAGUGUAAUGGGUCACAUUCUUGCGCCCAGCAAUGUAUCAACAUUGUGGGCAGUUACCAGUGUGGAUGUCCGGAGGGAUACCAGUUGGACAGAGAUGGGCAUUCCUGUGAGGCUCUGGAGUUGUCUAGUCCUAACAAAGUCAACAAUAUUCCAAAGCUUUCCUCAACUACCGCAGAUGAAGAAGCUGGACAUUCAAAUAAAAUGACUGAAGAGGUACAGAAUUUGAGGACAAGGGUUGAAAUGUUGGAACAGAAACUGCAGCUGGCUCUCGCCCCCUUCAACAGCCUGUUCUCCCUCAUGCCAGAGGACGGGGUGGCUGAGAGGGCCAGCUUCCUGUCUCACUCGUUUCAGCAGCUGGACCGAAUCGACUCCCUCAGCGAGCAGAUCGGCUUCCUGGAGGAGAGGCUGGAGACCUGUUCCUGCAGGGACAACAGAUAAUGGGGAAAAUGCAAAAGGCUCAAAAACCAAACAUGCAAUUUCCUCUUUUGGAUUAUGUUUGACUGCAGAAGAGAAUAUCAAUAGGCUUUCAGAUCAAAGAACAUAUUUCUCACUUGUUUGAUCUUUCCUGAUUCACUCCGAGGGAAGAUUCAAAUAACUAAUUAUGUUCAUAUUGAAAAGUGAAAAAAGCACUAGGUGUGUCUAAGGAGAAUGCUUCCAUCCUUUUAAGACAUGAUAUUAAAACAAAUCUUUAAAUAAUCCUCCAGUGGCACAAUACAUUUCUUAUUCAAUUUAAUUUCAACAUAAAUCUGAGUUUAAUUUCAUUUUCUGCUAUUUCAGAUUCACUUUACUGAUCUGUUGCUUCAAGGUCCUCCACUGUCUAUCCUAAGCACUGGCUACAGCUCUCACUUGGAAGUUUUGUAUUUAUGUUUUUAAGUUAUAAUUUCAUGUGCUUGUGUAGAUAUGAGAUACAUGUAUUGCUACUGUCUUUUUUAUAAUAAAAUAUGUUUACAGGAAGAA